AUAAAUUCAAAGUCAUGAGUAUACGGGGAGAGCCUAUGGAAACUGAUAUCCUAUUAGGAUAUAAAACCAAUGGCCGUACUGUUAGGCCAUUGGCGCCGACAAAGUCGCCAAUAUUUCCGUCGACACGUUGUUAUGUGGCAUUCAUAUCAUUGAUGGGUACGGCUAUUAUGUAUAUUACACGGGUUAACCUAAAUGUAGCCAUAUUGGCAAUGGUUAACACAACUCAACUAACCGAAUCGGUAAUUCCGUCAACCAAUUGGACUAAUAGUAUUGGAUUGGAUGUUACAGUUAUUUCAGAUGAACUUCAAUGUCCCGGUUCUCAAUUGAAUUCAGUGUCAACUAAUCAACAAUUAGAUACAAUGCCAUCAAAACCACUGAUGGUCAGCGAGUUUUAUUGGUCGCCACCCGAACAGGGGAUAGUUCUCGGAUCAUUUUUUUACGGCUAUAUUUGGCCACAAAUUUUUGCUGGACGUUUGGCCGAACUAUACGGAGCCAAAUAUCUGAUAUUAUUGUCAACAUUGGUGUCGGCAGUGAUAAACCUGUUGACACCUGUUAUAGUUCGCACCAAUUUUGUAUUGUUUAUCACUUCACGAGUAUUAUUAGGUGUCUGUCAGGCAAUGCUUUAUCCGGCAUUUUAUGCACUGUUUGCCCGAUGGAUACCCGAUGAAGAGCACAGUACGUUCAUGCCGUGGUUGGACGCAGGUAUUACCAUUGGCACAGUUAUUGCCAGUGCAGGCGCUGGAAAAAUGUUAGAUGAAAACAUGUUGGGCGGUUGGCCAUCAAUUUUCUAUAUAUCCGGAUUACUAGCAUUGGUUUGGUGUGUCGUUUGGUGGCUUACCAUUACGUCCACACCCGACCAGCACAGGUGGAUCUCGGAAAAAGAGUUGGCAUUUAUUACCAAACAUACAUCUCGUGAGAGUAACACCAAUGAGACAGCGGCUGCCAAACGAUCAGUUCCCUGGAAACGGAUAUUCAUGUCCAGCGCUUUCCUGUCGACACUCAUAGCCAAAGUCACGUACGGAAUAACGUUUGAUUUUAUGACCAGUAAAAUGCCGGCUUAUCUUCAGGAUGUCAUACACUUUCCGAUCGACCAAAACGGCUAUACCUACGCUUUCAUUAUGGUUGGAUUUGCUAUAACAUUGCUAACAUGUGGGUUUAUGGCCGACUGGCUCAUCAAAUCAACCUCACUGUCCAAGACAAUGGUGCGCAAGAUUUUCCAGACUAUAUCGGGUGUAGGAAUGGCCGCCAGUUUGAUAUUAUUGCCGAGUGUUGGCUGCGAUAAACCACUUAACAUUACAUUACUGACAAUAUGUAUGCUGGCCUAUGGAUUUACUUCGGGAGGUGACGUACCGAUAGUGCCCGACAUGACUGAAGAGUUUGCCGGAACUGUGUUUGCAGUGAUGAACACCCUGUGCUCGUUCAGCGGGUUUGUUGUGCCCUACUUUGUGGGCGUCCUUAUCGAUGACAACCCAUAUUCUAUGAGACUAUGGAGCUAUUCCUUCUAUUUGUCGGCAAUUAUCGACAUUGUCGGCACCGUUGUGUUUGUUAUGUAUGCAUCAGCUGAACCACAGCACUGGGAGGUAGAAUCGUAUAGUGUUUUAGAAAACGAAACACCUGUUGUCGUCACAACAACUAAAGAGACAUUUAGUCUAAAAGAUAAUAAAUUAAAAAAUAAUAACAAAAAUAAUUAUAAUAGCAAAUUGUUACAAUAA